AAAGCCCAUCAGCGCCUUCCGAGGGGCCGUCAGUGUUUUCCCGAAAGUGAGAGAAGCAGCAACAACAUUAGAAGCCUUUACAGCCUGAGCGGCCAUGGCCACGACGGCACAGUACAUCCCGCGGACUAACGCGCUGCCCUCCACCCCGCUCGUGCACCCAGACUCGGACCGCAUGCACCAGGGCACCACGUACCGCGAGAUGCAGAAGAUGAUCAUGCACCACGACUACCUGCAGGGGCUUGCGGCGUCCAACGCGGGUCACCCCAUGAGCGUCACGCAGAACCAGUGGCUGCCCAGUGAGUGGACCGGCCAGACGGAGCACAAGAGCGGCCGCGAGGACCUGCCUGCGGCGUACCAGCGCGCGCACCUCGCGCACCAGCCGAGCCAGAGCGCCCACCAUCCGCACCAUCACCACCACAACCACCACCACCAGCAUCACCAGCACCACCACGGCGCCUCGUGGGCGGCGGCCACAGCGCACCACCUGCCCCCUUUGUCGCCGGGCACGGGCGCGCACCAACCAUCACUCCUCUACUCGCAGACGGGCUACGGCAUGUUGAGCGCGCCGCUGCACGAGGACGCGGGCGGUGGAGGUGGCGGUGGAGGUGGCGGAGGAGGUGGAACGGGAGCCGGGACGGGCAGCGAAGGCGCACUCGAGGCGUCCCCACACGGGCCUUACGGCCACCAGCAGCAGCAGCACGAGCUGCACUCGGACGAGGAUGCGCCCAGCUCGGACGACCUCGAGCAGUUCGCCAAGCAGUUCAAGCAGCGGCGCAUCAAACUGGGCUUCACGCAGGCGGACGUGGGCCUCGCGCUCGGCACGCUGUAUGGCAACGUUUUCUCGCAGACCACCAUCUGCCGCUUCGAGGCGCUGCAGCUGAGCUUCAAGAACAUGUGCAAGCUCAAGCCGCUGCUGAACAAGUGGCUCGAGGAGACGGACUCGAACAGCGGCAGCCCCACCAACCUGGACAAGAUCGCGGCGCAAGGCCGCAAGCGCAAGAAGCGCACGAGCAUCGAGGUGGGCGUGAAAGGCGCGCUGGAGAACCACUUCCUCAAGUGCCCAAAACCCUCGGCGCACGAGAUCACCACGCUAGCCGGCACGCUGCAGCUGGAGAAGGAGGUGGUGCGCGUGUGGUUCUGCAACCGCAGGCAGAAAGAGAAGAGGAUGACGCCUGUGGGGGUCCCGCACCCCAGCAUGGAGGACGUUUACGCGCAGGCCGAGACGCCCCCGCUGCACCACACACUUCAGAGUCCCGUUCCAUGACCGACUGACCGACUGACUGACUGCUACGUGCACUCAUUUCCAAACUACUGAGAGUCACAGUGAAAAAGACAGAGAGAAACAGACCAGCAACAGCAGCAAAAUGAGCGUUUAGAAAAGGACUAAAUGGAUUGGUGUUUCAUCUCUUCCUUUGCGUUGUUUACCCCGAGAGGCAACACACUCACACACUCACUUUAGAGCAGAAGUUGGGUGUGAGUGGAGUGACUGAAAGAGUCGGUUUCUUAUGCGUUCAGACAAAAAAACAAAUACAUGUUUUCACUAAAUUCUUAAUUAGUUGGGGUGCGUGUGGAGAAAAGAAGUCUGGUUGUUUUUAAUCGAGCCCAUAAUCCACAAAGAAGAAAGUGUGUCUGUGUGGCUGGUGUUAGUCUUAUUUUAGAUGAACAGAAGCUGGAUGGAUCAUACAUUGGCCAUCAUCCACUCUCACACUGCUUCUCCUCGAUCACCUGUGCUGUUUUACUUGAUCUAUUCUUUAGAUUUAGUUAACCUUAUCUUUGGGAUGUGGGGACAUUUCAGGGAUUUUUCUGGCUUUUGUUGAACAUUUUGUGUUUGUAUCUCAAUUCUACACACAGCAAAGUCUCCAGUGCUGAAUGACCACCUGCAAAGUGUGAAUCAGUUUCAGAUGGCACGCUGUAAGAGUGAAUUGUAAGAGCUGUAGGUGUUUAUUCGCCUCUGGGGGUUUUGAUGUGCACUUCUUGUCACUCUUCAUUUGUCUUUCGAGGAAACAAUAGCUCGAGCACCGUGUCUGUGUCCGAGCCGCUGAGCCAUGAUGUGAAGAAGUGGAGCACGAGCUUUGUCUCCACACAACACAACACACACACAGACACACCAGCCAUGGGGCAGAAAUACAGCACACACGAGUAACAGCCAUUGCACACGCACGAGCAUCUUAUUUUGUACGUUUAUUUUAGACUUUAAUUUGGACUUUAUUUUGUUCCUGAAUUCUGUUCUUUUUUACUUGUCAUCUUGUUUUCACGAGCACUUAAUCUGGCGUUGUAAUGUGGCUGUGAGAUCGUGUCCAUGCUGAGGGAAAGCGUGCUUGUUUAAAGUCAGGCCUUGGGAAAUGUCUUUUCUUCUUCUUCUUCUUCUUCUUCUUCUUCUUCUUCUUCUUCUUCUUCUUCUUCUUCUUCUUCUUCUUAUUCUUCUUGUUUACAUUCUCCAGAUAUUACCCCAAACGGCGGAGCUCUAUCUCUACUGGGUAGGUUUAUCUCCCCGGUUUAAAGCGUGCUGAGGGUGAGAGGGCUAAAAUGCAGAAGUGCUCAAUCUCAGGUAAAAUCCCAGCGCCUGUCCAGCUCCACUCCUCUCCAGCCCACUGUGGACCUCCACUCUCUACUGAGCCCCUAACUGUCCCACUGUCCUCCUGACUCACCCCCGCCGGAUAAAGGGAGAUAUCAUGGGGGGAAAGCAGCUGCUGUGGGACUAUUUCCAUUUCUUUUAUUCCUUUCUUUUCUGUCAUUUCUUUUUUUGUUCUUUCUUUAUCUGUCUGUGAGCAGCACAUAAACCGAGAGAUCCGGAUUGACUCAUGCGUUUCGUGUCUUUCCUCAAAAAGGCAUCUGUGUGUGAGCAGCUUGGAGCAGGUGUUCUCUUUUUUCUUUCUUUUCUUUUCUUUUGCAAUCCUGUUAUUUGAAACGGUGUGGAUAUACAACUUUUCCAAAAAACAGAAAAAAAUGAAAAGAUUUUAAAUAAAUAGUUGUCAUGAUUAUUUCCAAUGUGUAAAUAUGUCCAAUAUGUAAACAUAUGUAUUUGUUCUAAGUUUGUUUUGGUUUUUUUCUUUUGUUUCUUUUCUUGUUUAUUCCGAGCAGUUUUGUACACUUACUAAUUCCAAGAAGAUAUUUUAAUAUUUCAUUUAUGAAUUUGACCGUUUAUAUAUCUAUAUAUUUAUUUCUUAAAUGUGUUUGGAGCUUUUUUGUUGGGCUCUGUUAAUUAUGUUGCAGUGGAUUACAAAUGUUUUGUUUACUACAUUUGGUUGUAUGUUGAUUGCGAAAUGUAGACUGCAAAGUCACAUUUAUAUUUAUGUUAUAGUAAUAUUUUAUUACUUACAUAAAACGUAUAUACAAGAA